AUGUCAAGACCAACAAUAAUUAUUCAAAAUUUAAAAACUUUCUUGACACAUCUUCCAACAUUUGCGGAAAAUGAGUACAAUGAACUUUGCAGCUACAUAGUCUGGAAGACAUUAAAUUCCUGUAUUAAAAUCGAUAAUGAUCAUAUAGAUUGGGACUCCCUUACAGAACCUUUUCUAUCAGAGAAUUGGAAAAAUGGCAAUUAUCAAAAGAUAUUGAAUCGUUAUGAUGAUAAUGCUAUAUCUUGGAAAGAUCUUUAUUUUCAGGAAAAUAAUGAUAAUCAACAUAAAAAUACAAUGUGUAACAGACAAAGCUUUGCGCCAGAAACUGUUUUUUACUGCUUCACGUGCGUUAAUCAUCCCUUAUAUGAAAUAUGUGAAUCAUGCUUUGAUCCAUCAAAACAUAUAGGCCAUUCCUAUACAAGUAGAAUAAUUGAUAGACCAGAAGGUGGGAUAUGCCAUUGUGGGGAUCCAUGUGCAUUUAAAAACCUGAAUGACUGUCGCAGUUGCAAAAACAAUGAAAAUAACCAUACGGGUCCAGAAAUAUCAACCCAUGACCAGAAUAUUUUAGAAACAUUAGAUACCGUCUUAGAUUACAUUGUUGAUAGCAUAUACUAUCUCAAGGAAAACAAUGGUAUAUAUUGUCAUAUAGAUGAAGAUGAUGUUCCCAUUACAGGUUACUUCGAUGAUACGUCAUCAUUAAACUUUGACGACAAUGAAAAUGAUCUCCAUCUAAUGCUAUUAAACCAAUAUGAAAAUAAUACGAAUCUGGAUACUGUAUGGGCUAUCCAGAUAGAUUGGACAGAUAAUGAUUGGAACCCCCUGGAUCUUACGCGAAAAGUUUCGGAAAUACUUAACACUCCAAUUGAAUAUAUGAUUGUCAUUACUGAACUACUUGAAUCGCGAGCGUCGUCUGCCACAAUAUUACGAUCAAAAGACAUACACAAAUUAAAAAGGGUAAUGAAAGAAUUUGAAAAGGAAAAUAUAAAAGUUCGUCUUAGAAGGACGAGAGAUAUUUUUAUUCAAGAUCUUAUUGAAGACUUAUUGGACUGGAUUUAUAGAAACUGUCUCGACAGAGUGUCGUCUAUUACCUUCAAAUAUACACUUCGAACUUCAAUGCUCAAUAAAUGGAAUUCAAGAAUGGAAACGGAUAUCACUUACGACCCAUCCAAAUUGCAUUCAAAAAAUCAAAUCAAUUUAUUUGGUGGCUUUCUAGUAACGGAAGAACAAAGAUCAACAUGGCCAUGGUUUAAACCAUGGCAUUUUCCGGCGAUUGAGGAUGAUUAUAUUUCACAAAUUUUGGUUCAAUAUAACGGUAGACUACUAGAAUCAGAUUCUAAGAUUCCAACGACCGGAUUCUAUUCAUUUUCUGGAUCGAGAUUUCAACAUCUUUUUAUGGAAUGUACUGCGAAAUUCAAUAAAUUAUCCUUUGCUAAAUUAUUUCGAGUGCUAUGUACUCUGUUUACAAUCAAGGACAAUUCAAACAUCUUUUUAGCUGCACAAUAUCUUGACGUUUACCUCAGUGGUCUUUAUAAUAUGGUUGCAUCAGAUCCUAGUGGUGAUAAAUUAGCACUGAUGGGUGCUUUAUCUCAAUAUACGUUUCAAGAUCCAGAAGUGGCAAAUAUAGCAAUUAAACAUGGAUUCAUUGAAAGAACACUUCGCUUUUCAUUUACGUUGCUUGCAUUUAGUCCAGAUGAUUUGAUGCCAUAUUUACCAGUAGCAUUAUAUCCUCGAUUUAAAUUACCGAUGGGGUCUAUAAGAAAUAAAAAACUGACAUUUUGCAUUAAAGAUUUGUCAUUUAUAAUGUCUUUAAAUACUGUCCCAGAAUUUUUGUUGCAGAAUAGCUCAAUAUCUAACACCUUAUUAGAGGCAUUAUUAGAAUUCGAUAAUAUCAAUAUAGUGAAAAGAGAAACUACAGAACAUGUCCGCUAUGAAAAAUUUGAAUUUUCCGGUUACUUCUUCUUUCUUGGCACUAUGUUAGUAUUGAUGGAAAGUUAUCUUCGAAAUAUUACUCAAUUACGAGAUUUAGACACUAGGAGAACUAUUGUCCUAAGAUUUAUUGAUACGAUUAUGAGGAAAGAAUUUGAGUCGUUAGGGAAAUUCAGAGGAAAGUAUGUUGACUCUGAAAAUGCUAUUUCGCAAACACUGCAUCGGAAUUGGAACGAUGAGAAUCAGCUAUUGCUUAAACAUGAAGAGAUCUGUGAUCAUAUUUCUCAGACUAUCAAUUUCCAAGUUGGCGUGGACCCUCAAAGCUUUUUUAAUCCGAUGUCUUAUUUAUUUAGAUUUGUCAUUCAAUGGAGCCAAUGUGGUAGAGUGGAGCCUUUAGAUAAAAUAUUCGAAAAAUAUAUUGAUUUUCAAGAUGUUUUUAAGGAUAAAGAAAGAAUCCUCCACAUGUCAGAAUCUGCUCUAUCAACUAUUGUUCUUAUAGCACAAAUUAAUGCAGGAUUCUGGGUCCGUAAUGGCUCUCCAAUAACAUACCAAGCAAACAUGUAUACAAGAUAUAGUUUACGAGAGACUGCAUAUAUGAGUGAUUUAUUCAACAUACAACUUAGUAUGUCGUUUGCAGAUCCUGAUGAUUUUCUUGUUACCUAUCUGUCAAGAUGGGGGUUGAAGCAUUGGUCGAAUGGUAUACCCAACUGCGAUUACCCAGAUAAGGAUACUACUAUGGUAAUGGUAAAUGAAGCGUUACUUCUUUUAAUAAGGCUUCUUACGGAAAUACGGUUUCUGACAAUGGUCUCAUCCCUUGAUGGUUUCCUUAAGAUCCUUAGACGUGAAAUUAUCAAUGCUUUAAAUUUUGAAUCUUGCUCUUAUUCCACUCUUACCAUGAUUAUUCCUGAACAUAUAACAAAACACCCAUCUUUCGAUUUAGAAUUGGAAGAAUUGGCGAUUUAUGUUCCCCAAACAGGCAUUUCUGAUGAAGGUUUAUAUCACUUGAAAUCGAAAUAUGUCGAACUAAUUGAUCCGUAUUAUAUUGGACAAUCAUCUACGAGAAGAUAUGAAAUUUCAAAAAAUAUAAGAUUAAAUAUGGCGAAAAAUCUUAAAAUUCCACUUGAUGAAACUUUUAUUCCGGUGACAAAUGUAAUCAAAUCUUUAAAAUCCACAAUAUAUUCUAACCUCUUCUCUAUUUCCUCUAGAGACACCUUUGGUAGAUUUUUAAAGACAUCUUUGGAGCAUAUUAAAAAGUUCAAGAACGAAAAUUUAUUGACAGAUAUAGUCCAUCUAGUUCAUAUAUGUGUUAUUAACAAUCUGGACGAAUUUGCCAAAAUAUUCUGGCAUGAGUAUGGCGUGAUAUCGAUUGAGUUUUGCUAUCAUCAUAGUAUUGGUUCGAUUUUAUACUCAUGCCUCUUAAUGGAGGAAUUUUCCAACGUGCAUGGUGAGAUCAAAGAAAUUUUUAGGUAUUUACUUGAAAACGUUCCCCAUAUGCAUGUCAAUAGUUUCCUGAAUGAGCAAGUUCCCUCUUUCAAUCCAGAGAUAUUAUGGCAUUCCAAACAGCAACUACAGCACGAUGAAAGCCUUGAGAAGAAGAAAAAUAAAGCAAAGCAAAGAAAGUUGAAAUUAAUGAAAAGACUUGCAAAACAGCAAGAACAGUUCAUUUCUAAUAAUAAAUUGGAGAAGACGGAAGUUAAUAAGACAGCAAUGGACUCUAAGGAAAAACACGAAGGCUGGGACUUCCCUGAUGACGGCUGUGUUUUUUGUAAAAUGGAAUUGCCAUCAGAGACAUACAUAUAUUUUUCUUACGUAGAGAGAAAUAUAUGCAAUUUUGAGUUAUCCUUGAUUACCGAUGUAGAAGAAAGCGAAUUUUGUGAAACUAAACCAAACAAUGUAGAUAUGCAACCAGUUCUGAAAACUUGCGGACAUGGAGCACAUAUAUCAUGUCUAGGUAAAUAUAUGAAAUCACUUCAUUCAAUGCAAGCAUUAACGACCAAAAAUAUUCCAAUAUCAUAUGGUUUUGGUUUAGUAUUCUGCCCUGUUUGCAACUCCUUAGUUAACUCUAUCUUGCCAAGAAUUUCUGAUAAAUAUCAUAAAAAUUCGAUUGAAGCAGAGAAUGAACAUAGCAGCAGCGAUGAACUAUUACACACACAUGUCAUAAAAUGUUCGCGAAUACUGCUUGAAGUAGUCGAAGAUGACCGCAAUAAAACUUCUUUGUCGCGGUUUGAUGAGUUGAUCGUUAAUAACGUUUCCAAUUUAGAAAUGCAAUUGAGAAGUAAGUACAACAAUAAAAACAGCAAUAUAUUCUCCUUACCUUAUCAAAUCCAAUUAACUCUACAUUUAUUGGUCGAAAUGAGAACAUAUCUGAAAAGGUGUAUUCCAUUUUGUGUGCCCAAAUCCAUUAACAUCUCAGCAAAUGAUAUCGACUGGGGCCAUUUUCUUCAACACUCUGUAGAUGUUAACGUAUUGAAUUGGGGGUUGGGAAUGCUAAUGGCCCCCAAAGCUGUUGGAGCUAACCCAAGCGUUUAUUUGCCUUUAUUAUUGAAAUUGAAACUAUAUCAAGAUUCUAUUCUUUUGGCAAGGGAGUUAAUUAGGAUGGAUCUAUCCCUCCAGGAUACAACUUCGUCCGAAUUUGACAGUUGUAUGUUUGAUGUUGAUGUUCUUCGUACCGUUACAAGUAUUUUACAAGACCAAAUAUCGUUCUUUUCUCCCAAUGAAUCCAAAGAAAAGAUUUUUGAAAAAUUAUGGAAAUGUAGGCUUUUCGUUGCCAAGUUUUUAUCAAAUUCUUUUUGCGUAUUUUUGAAACGAUUCUACGUUCUUUUUAAGACUAAACAUCCCUUAAGAUCAGCCUGGUUAGAUACUGAUACUACUGUUUCUGGAACAAAAGUCUUAAAUCAAUUAAUGGCAUUUUUUUCUCUUCCAAGUUUCGAAGCUUUAGUUAGGGAAUUUAAUGAAGUCGAUCAAAAUGAAAUACAUUCAGUUUUGGAUAGGUGUAACUUCCAAAUAACUAUAGGAAAACUACACCACAUGAAACUACAUGCUACCGAUGAGCUAAAAUUAAUUGCUCUCCCUACUAAUUUAUCUUAUUUUUUCAAUACUGAUAAAACCCAGCUUCAAUUUAGAGCAUUUCAUGAAGACAUUGCCCUUUGUUUAUUAUGUGGAUCAAAAUUACGAUCUCAAAAACCUGUUCCGUUAAGGAAAUAUUUAUUGGGAGAAUGUACGAAUCAUGCUAGAAAUGAUUGUAACAUUUCAACUACGUAUGGGGUGUUCUUGAUGGUUCGACACAAUGCUAUAUAUUUAUCUUAUGGUGAGAGAGGAACAUUUUUCUUAUCUCCAUAUUUGAAUAAAUAUGGUGCAUCUGAUGUGGAUUUCAAGUACAAUAUGCCGGUAUACUUAAAUACUCAUAGGUACAGUUAUCUAUGCAAUGAAGUUCUCUUGGGGAAUAUGAUUCCACAUUUAGUUUAUAGAAAAACAGAAGGAGUUUCUGAUCUGGGUGGUUGGGAAACUAUAUGA